CUCGCUAGAUGAUGCUGCAGCUCUGUUCCUGCACAGAAAAACGGAGCAGCCUCCUUCCAGAAAAGAAAACGACGAAACACGGCACAACACUCCCUGAAAUGUGUUAAUUAAACCCAGUUUCUGGCUAUGUUUUAACAGCGGCUCACAGGAAGAACACCCAAAACAAAAGAAAUCCGCUUUGUUAGGAAAAAAAAUGAGCACGGUUAUCAGUCCCUCCUUGGUGUGGUUGUAAAUAUCAGGAUGCUGGAUAAAACCGAUGACCAGCAGCAGGAGGAGUCCAGGCUCUGCUCAGAGUGCGGGUGCAGUUUCAGCCCACCACAGCUGGACUCCCACUAUGAUUCCGCAUCAGCUCAGCAGAAGCAGACAGACAGCAGAGAUGCUCCAUUCAAAUGUCCAUCCUGUGAGGCUGGAGGCAGCAGCAGCCCCCCUAACGGCCGGCGAGCCCAUCGGCGCAUUCGACUGGACCCUCACAGCUGCAGCAUAUGCAACAAAACCUUCAUCUCAUCUGCCCACCUGAGUCUUCACCUCACCUCCCACAACAAGGAAAGGAAGUUCAGGUGUAACAUCUGCGGUAAGUUCUUCCAUCAGUCCUCCCACUUGAUGGCUCACAAGGUGAUCCACAGUGGUGAUAAACCGUUUAAAUGCCCCGAGUGUGGAAAGAACUUUGGGCGCGCCUCACACUUGAAGACCCACCGUCGGCUGCACACAGGAGAGAAGCCUUUUAAAUGCACCUACUGCAGCAAGUCGUUUACCCAGAAGGCCGGGCUUCUGGCACACAUUCGACUCCACACCGGUGAAAGGCCCUACAAAUGUGAACAGUGUGGCGCAGGCUUCCGCUCUAUGUCUACUCUGCUCUCCCACAAGGCUCUAGAGGCCGCCGGACAAGCCAGACCCGCACCUGUUCCUGCUAUCAUUUCUGCACCCGCACCUCCAGUCAACAAGCCACACGAAGCGCAAAGCAACAUGGUGGAUCUUAAGUGCGGCGUCUGCUGCCGCACUUUUGUGCGCUCUUCAUACAUCCGGCUUCACAUACGCCUAAAAAAAGGCCAGCGACCAUAUCACUGCAAAGUAUGCAACAAGACCUUCGUCAAGUUGGAAACGUUCGUGAACCACUGUGACAAACACUUGAAGCAGAAAAAGGAAAAAAAUUGUGUUAAAUACGAAGUUGUUAAGCCUCCACAGUUUGUUCCGCUCUCCAGGCUUCCUUCCCCAGAGAGCUUACCCAAUCAGGAGUUAUCCUCGGAGAUGAAAACACACAUCACAAUAAAAACUGAGACUGAUGUUUAACCAAGAGGAGAUGCUUCAAAACACUUCUGCUUCAGCAAACAGGUGCAACACGUUAGUGUCAACUUCAGCAUUUUGUAUAAAUGUUUACAAAUGAGAAAAUAGGUAGUAGUAUUCCACAAACUUCUGUUAUUUACUUGAUGAGAAAUAUUGUCCAAGUGAAUAGUUUUUGUAAGCAUAAUAUUGUGGGUGUGAUAAACAUGACAGAAAUAGAUGCUAAAGAGAAAACUUAUAACACUGAGGUCACUGAGUUAAAGUGGAAUACAAGAGUCAUGCAAGUACGGUGUUCACAAUUAUCAAGCAAACCUUGUUUUUAUUAGUCAACAUACAGUAUUCAUAGUGUUCUUGUUUAAUCCAACAUGGCGGACUGUUUUUCUUCACUGUACAUUUCCUGUUUAACUGCCCACAGGUCAGGUGAGCAACAUCUGUCAGCAGUUUUCCAUCUUUAACACCUUUUCUGGCUAGCCUUUAUCCUGCAUAAAAAUCAUUGUCUCUUUGAAAGAUGUAGACUUCUUCCUGUACUGCUGCCUGUAGAAAGUAUCUUAAAAAAAACUGCCGUAUCUUUGGGAGUCGAUUUUGAGCCUAUCUUCAACCCGAUAAGAUCCAAACGUCAUCUUUAAUAAUGAGCUCCACUUUGACAUCUGACUUGGAGCUCUGGCACAUUACUGAUCCACAUGUCCAUCCACCAGGUCCAUCAGGUCACUCUCAUUUCAUCAAGCCAUAAAACCUUUGAAAAAUCUGUCUUCAGAUAUUUCUUGCCACAGUCCAUAUGCUUCAGAUUAUUUUUCUUGUUUUGUGAUGUUCAGGUUUUAGCCUUCCUUACCUUGGUCACGUCUCUGAGCAUCUUAUACCUCAGUUAAUCUCGGUUAAUCCAACAUGGCGGACUGUUUUUCUUCACUGUACAUUUUUCUUCCGACAUCCUCUAUAGGAUGCAGUUAUGGAAUAUAAUAGAAAUACAAGAUAAAUGUAGUUCUUGGUAGCUUCUCUUGAUUCUUCUCAAAUCCUCUGCAGUUUGCAUCCCCCCUAUUACUUGGUUAAUAUUUGUGCACACAGAACAUAUCUGUCCUUUCAUCUCAUUUUGUAAUUUAGUUUUAUUAUCUACAGCCCCAUGUGUGCAAAGCUAUACAACAUUUUUGUAAAAGGUACGGCCCAAUAUGAGAUAUCAUGGUAAGAGAACUAAGGAUAAGAAUAUUUGAAAAUAAAAAACAUAAUUGUUUGUUUUAUUUAAAAAUAGCAAAGGAACGAUCAUUUCUUUUGCUACAGAAAAAAAUAGAAUUACAAAUAUGCUAUCUAUACCAUAUAUUUAUUAUUUUAAUUUUUAAAUACAGGUCUGAGCAAAAAUAUGUUUUAUUUUGAGCAUGUGGAACAUUAUUUAUUGGAGUGUUUCUUUGUUGGUUUUUUUUUAAUGUCAGAUUUGUGCAUUUCCACUGUGAGGUCCAAAAGUUUACUUUGAGUGUCACUCUUACAGCUGAGCCAUUGGUGCUCAUCUUCACUAUUCUUUGAAUACAGACCUCCUCCUACAAUUGAGACCAGAAAGCAAAAAAAAAAGAGAUAUGGACUUCUAGAAUAAAAAAGAAAUAACUGUGACAAGCUUAUUUGAAUUUCUCUCCGACUUUUCUGUAUAGAAACGUUUUUAGGGCAACAGGAAAGGUGGGAAAAGCUAAAUAUUACAAACCUUGUGAUCUAGAGCCAUGCUCAUUGUGCAGUUUUUACUCAGUAGAUAUGUAACACGCAGAUGAAAUAAAAUAAAACUCGGAUUGUAAUAAUCCAUAUAUAUUUAUAACGAAUAAAGUAGCAGUGAGUCUCAAAAGAGCUGCAUCUGUUUCAUUAAGGCAUAGAUUUAAUGAUAGACUCUUGAGGUGGCGAUCUUUUUGACUUGAAUCCUGAAAU